AUGGUUCGAAAGUCCAGUUACUUGAUCUUCCUGGUAUUGAAGGAUCCAAAGAUGGGAAAGGGUGAUAACGACAAGAAAAGAUAUGAGUUCGAGGGCUUUGGGAUUAGAUUGAACAAACGGCCACCUAAGAUCAAAAUAGUGAAGAAGAAGACGGGUUUGGUGUCAUUUACACCAUCAAUUCCACAGACAUGUUUGAUACAAGAGAAUGUCAGAUUGACAUUAAAAGAGUACAAAAUAUUGAACGCGGACGUUUAUUGUGACUGCGACGUGUCAGUCCAAGACCUGAUUGGUGCUAUUGACCAGAGUUGUAAGUACAUUCCAUGCAUUUAUGUGGUGAAUAAGAUCGACCAAAUGAAUAAAGAAGACGUAGACAGACUAAAAACAGAACCGUAUUUUGCGUGUAUCUAUGCAAUGACAGAAGAGGGUAUAGUAGCACUCAGAAAACAAAAUUGGAAACAACUAAAUCUGAUUAGAGUGUAUAAAAAAUUCCAGGAGAAUUUCCGAACUUUAAAGACGUUAUUGUAA